GCGUACCACCGGGACGUCACUGUGCAGAAGUAUGGGGGGAGAGUGCCAUACCACCGCAGGCCAACGUUGGCUGUUGAAUACAAACAGAUUGCAGGGUUUUUAAGGAGUCAAGUGUUCUCCACAGCUCCAUCUUUCAUGCAUCAAGUAAUUGAAUAUAAUGAAACCAGUUUAGCAGCCAUGACAACGGCUCCCCGUGGUUUCCAGUCUGGAGAUCGGGCCACCUGGUUUGUUCUGUUUCAGAAUGUGAGCGGGUUCUUCCUGCACCCUGUGGGGCUGGAGGUGCUGGUGGACCACAGCAGCCUGGACAUCUCCCAGUGGGUGGUGAGCAGAGUCUUCUACAACGGGCAGUACUACAGGGACAUGGUGCAGCUGGAGAGCGCCUACGUGCAGGGUCGCAUCAGUGUGGAGAAGGUGAAGAAAGCCCCACGGGACGGGGACUUCUCAUCCAUGAAGCCGCGAGCCCCUCCUGCCGCGAUGUUCCCUUUGCAGUAUGAGCCCCAGGGUCCCCGCUACAGCGUCAGGAACAACCAUGUUGUCUUCCAGGCCUGGAGCUUUGCCUUUGGGAUGAGUGUGAACACGGGCAUGCGCCUGUUUGACGUCAGAUAUCAGGGGGAGAGGGUUGUCUAUGAGAUCAGCGUUCAAGAGGCCUUGUCAGUGUAUGGCUCCAACUGUCCUGGAGGGAUGUCAACAAGGUACAUGGAUGGGAGUUUUGGCAUUGGGCGCUUCACCUCUCCUUUAGUGCGUGGUGUUGACUGCCCCUAUUCAGCAACUUACAUGGAUGUGUACUACCUUGCUCAGUCGCAGGUCUCCAGAACUACUAAAAACGCCCUCUGCGUUUUUGAGCAUAACCUGGGCUCCCCUCUGAGGCGCCACUACUCCAACUUGCAGUCCUUCUACUAUGGGGGACUAGUCAACUCUGCUCUGAUUGUUCGAUCCAUUGCAACUCUGGGCAACUACGACUAUGUGUGGGACUUCAUCUUCUACCAGAAUGGGGCCAUUGAAGCCAAAGUCCAGGCCACGGGGUACGUGAGCUCGUCCUUCCUCCACGGGGAUGGUCUGAGAUACGGCAAUAGGGUUUGGGAGCACACGCUGGGCACGAUACACACCCAUUCCAUCAACUAUAAAGUGGACUUGGAUGUGGGAG